GGGGAGCCCGCCGUCGGGCGAGGAGCCGGCGGCCCUGUGCCUGCAGUGCGAUAUGAAUGACUGUUACAGCCGGCUGAGGAAGCUGGUGCCCACCAUCCCGCCCAACAAGAGGGUCAGCAAAGUGGAGAUCCUCCAGCAUGUCAUCGACUACAUCCUCGACCUGCAGCUGGCUCUGGAGACGCACCCGGCGCUGCUCCGGCAGCAGCAGCAGCCGCCCGCCCUGCACCCGGGCAGCUGUCCCGCGGGGACCCCCAGGACCCCGCUGACGGCCCUCAACACUGACCCGGCUGGCUCUGUUAACAAGCCGGGGGACAGCAUCCUCUGCCGCUGAC